GAGCAAAACCUCGAGACUUCCUUAGUAUUUGAUUUUGUGCACCAAAUCAAGGAGCUAUUGGCUCCUUGAUUUGCCGCUAGAUGACGUUUUGCCAUUGCCGCGAUGACGUCAUACCGCCAAUUUGCCUCGCUGCAGUCCCCAACGAAGCGUUUAAAGAUGCCUGUAGUACAUGGCUUUGGCUAGGUAACUGCUGUUUGAUUUGACAUGAAUCUUAACUAGAGUUUUAAUCCCGGUGCUGAGCUAAUUCAUAGCAGCUAAUUCUUGUAUGACAUGUUUGUAGAAUGUUAAGUCCCAUAUUGACUGAGGUGAAUGAAGCUACAGCAACAAGGUGAUAAUGGCUGGCGUCAAUUUUGUUUGUUUCUGCUGUUCUCCACAUUGCAUUUGAGAGUUUAAAUUGUGUAGAAAUGCAGUAAAUAAGCUUUAAAUUUAGGUUUAGCUGAAAUGUUGCUAGCCAUGGCUAGUCUGGCUGACACCUAAAUCGAAGUCUUCUUCCUUGCUGUGUGGUCACGUGGGUCGUGUCAGCCAGGCUAAACCAUGGCGCCACCAAAAAGAAAACACAACAUCAAAUUCGCAGAGUGAAAUUCUGUCGAGGCAACAGCCAAGCAUUUUUUUAAUUGAUGCAAAAGGAGUGAGAUAAUGGAGAAGUCAAAAAGUCGAACUUCAACGUUUGUCUAAGGUGGAUCAGAAGAGGGUGAGGCUGCAAGGUGGGGGGAGGAAAAAGUCAUUGAAGUACAACAAAAGAGAAGCUGCAAUAAAGGAAGAGAAGACACUGUCCAAGAGGAACACACAUGAGGAUGAGGAAGAUGAGCCGCACCCUAAAAGAGGGAUGUCAAAGCAAGAACCCAAUACUUCACUGGUAGCCUUGACAGAAGACUGUGCUCCAGAGCAGUUUGAAUUUCAGUAUGGACUUGAGGGACCAACAUUUAAGGAUGACAACAGGGAGUCCUCCAAGAGCCAUCUGUCGAUCAUCAAAGUGGAACAGCUGGACUCCCUCCUCCCAGACCAAACCGAUUCCAGCUGUGGUUCUGGGUCACCUGGGGAUUCGGGGCCUCCUGGCUCGUCUGGUUCUGGGUCCAGUACGAGUCAGGCUGCACAGUUUUUCAGGAAGUGCCACCAGGCAGGCUGUACACAGUUCAUCUUCUCAGAGUUCGCCUCCCGCCUCAGCACCAUCACUGAGAGGAUCACAUCCCAGCAGGCCAGUGAGGAAGAUUUCAACCUCACCCUGAAAGUGCUGGAGGCCUCUGGGAUGCUGCCAGAGAUCUUUGCCAAAAGAGACCAAGAAAUGGAGAAGAGACUGAGGGAGCUGCAGAGAGAGACUGAAGCGGUGAGGACGGCCAGGUCUGCCAUGAGAGAUGCUUGCGUCAUGAGCUUCACCUCAUCAUGACAGAGCACUGCUGAAGAUAAAAGCGGUUUUAUAAGGCGUUAUAACCAGGGCCUGGAGUUUCUGACCACGUAACUGAACUAGGAAGGUAUAGGACCUGGAGUUUUCCCUGGUCCAAUCCCCUCGUCAGGAGAAACUCUGAUCCUUCUUUUAACCGAAUGUAAAUAUUUCAAACCUUUUGUAUUUGCCAUAUUUUUCUACCCGUGUUCAAACUUUAACUCUGUGACAUUUGACUCUAUGAUAUUUGAACUCUGAUAUUUGAAAGCAGUUUGUUUCACCCUGGCCACUGACUUGGGUGGCAUGUUAAACAUUAAAUUAGUAAUUGGUAAUAUAAUAUUUUGACAGACAUUGGUUCUGAGGUUAUUGGAGAUGUUUUGAUGUUAGUAGGUGAUCCUUAGUCUCCCUCUGUGCUGUAUGUAUAUGUUCACUAACCCUUAAGACUAAAUAUAUCCUAAUAUACUGUAUGUGCAAACCAGUAUAUCUAAUUUUCUCUUGAUGGGUACUAUGUCCACUAGUAAUAUAAGACAAGUUCAUUAUUAUGAAUACACUGGUAAUAUAGUAUACUUGAGAGGAAAUCUGAGAACUGUGACAUUUUCUGAGAAUGAAUUAAA